CGUUCGCCUUGCGUCGCGGGUUUCACGGUGCGGGUACAAAUAGGACGGACGGCCUAAGCUUCCUCCACUUUGCUAAAAACUUCGUCACAACAGAACAGAACUUCAACAUGAUUUGGUGCCUUCUUCUUCUUGCUCUGGCUGCCCGCGGAGACGCGUGGCUGUUCAGCUGCAGCGCCUCAGACUUCCAGUGCAGCAACGGGAACUGCAUCCCCGGCAGCUGGGAGUGCGACGGCGAGGCCGACUGCUCAGACGGCUCGGACGAGGCGAGCUGCAGCGGCGGCGGAACCUGCCAGCAGGGCGUGCAUUUCUUCUGCGCUAACGGGCUGUACUGCAUCGACUCCAACUGGGUCUGCGAUGGGGACAACGACUGCGGAGACAUGUCUGACGAACAGAACUGCGGAGGUGGCAGCACCGGCACCACCGGCACCACCGCGCCCAUCACUUCCUUCACCGGCGACUGCGGCCAGCCCGCCAUCUCCCCGCAGAACGUGCGCGUGGUAGGCGGUGUGCAGGCCGUGCAGGGCUCCUGGCCGUGGCAGGCCAGCCUCAAGCUGUACGGCGGCCACGUGUGCGGCGGGCAGAUCAUCGCUCCCAACUGGAUUGUCACCGCUGCUCACUGCGUGGACGGACAGAGCAACCCCAGCCAGUGGCGCGUGUCCCUGGGCUCCCACCGCCGUACCUCCACUGACUCCACCCAGCAGGACUUCAGCGUCACCAGGAUCAUCAUGCACGAGAGCUACGACUCCAACAGGAUUAACAACGACGUUGCCCUGAUGAAGCUGAGCGGAAACGCGCAGUUCAACAACUACGUCAGCCCGAUCUGCCUGCCGACCCAGGACGUGGCCGCCGGAACCAACUGCGUCACCACUGGAUGGGGCGACACUGGCUCCGGUGCGUCCACCUACCUGAUGCAAGCCACUGUGCCCAUCAUGGAGUGGAACAAGUGUAACAGCGCCCAGUACAUGAACGGCGCCAUCACCGACAAGAUGAUCUGUGCCGGGUACGACCAGGGAGGCAAGGACGCCUGCCAGGGUGACUCCGGCGGCCCCCUGGUCUGUAACUACAGCGGAAAGUGGACCCUGGACGGCAUCGUGUCCUGGGGGUACGGCUGUGCGCAGGCGUACAAGCCCGGCAUCUACACCCGCGUCACCCAGUUCGUCAGCUGGAUCAACAACAAGAUGGCGUCCAACUAGACUGAGCAUAGCAGCCAGUUCUGUUAUGUAACGUGACGAAUCUAGCCGUAACAAUCUACGUAUUACAUGUAUGUGAAUAAAAGACAAAGUCCUUCUUCUCUUUUGCAGUCGAAGACUCGAAAGAAACCAGCAUAA